AUGGCGGAUCGUCACCCAGAACGGGGGCCCUGCAGACCCUUGAAGGUCCAGAAAGUAAAGCAGCCACAGAGGGCCGGGGUGGCAUGCAAGUCUUCCCCGCCUGUGCAGGAGCAUCCCAGGGUGAGUUGUUGGAAAUGCGGGGCCUUUGGGCACAAGGCAAGCAGCCUCGGGUGUCCCAUGAAGCAUCGGAGUGGGGCCCUAGCCCCCCAUGCCCUUGGCUCCAGUGUGAUGAAGGAGAGCCAGAAUCCAUGGACUCCCAGGGACCUGAGGAACCGAGUGCUUGUCAACAAGGCUGCUAGGUUGACCCAGCAGAGAGUUCGGCAUGAAGAACAGAGACGGGCUCUGCGCCAGAGAUUACCCGGGAGAGCCCUGGGAGGACACCAGCAAAACUGCAAGGACAAGUCAGAAUCCUGUGACUACCUGAGGGAUCCACACAUGCAGAGACCCGAUCAGAACGCCAAGAGGAAAUAUGUGCAAGAUAUCACCCCUUGGUCACCGAAAAGGAAACAUGUCAUGACAGGCUCAGCGACUCCCAUCAAAGGUGUUGAGAGAAGUGCCUGCUUACCUCCUGUACCAAAGAAUGGACAGGAAGUGCCUGUCACAGACUCCCCUCACGCAGAAGGCACACACUUUGUCCAGGAUCCCAGCCACAGUGUCCAUGAGGGGGACAACAGGCCCCAUUCUGCCUUCAGCACCCAGGACCUGGACCAAGCCCUCAUCCACCAGCCACAGGCCAAGUUCCCUGAUGGGAACUCACACAGCAUCCAACAUGCUGCUGCACACAGUGUGGGCCAGGACUCUGAUCUCAUCAUCAAGGUACCUGGCAAGAGAGCUGCCCAGACCUCCAGCCAGACCUACCAGAAGCCCACAAAGAAAACCAGACUCAGCCCCAGCCUGAAGAGCACCCAGAGACCAGACCUCCAGCCGCAGCACAAGGGCCAUCUCAUCAAGACUCUCCAGCCCUGCCAUGUGCCCCCGUUCUCACCAAUUCCCAAGGUUCCAGGCCAGCCCCUCAGAAUGGUCUUCACGACAUUAGAAAAAGGCCAGUGGAGCUCCAGGUGCAUGACACCUCCAUCCCUCCCUCCUGCUGAGAUGCUCACGGCUGCUGCUCAGAUCCCUUCCACCACUGAGAAGUCAGAGGCACUCUGUCCCUGUGUCUCCUUGAGCGUCCUUUUUGAGGCCCUUCAGCUGUCCUCUUCCUCGAAGAAGGUGAUGGCCAAUGAGACACUCCAUGUCAGGGAAGACAUGUUCCUCAGCCCCAGGCCACUUGGAGGUGCCUGA